CCGCGGUGUGCAGCGUCUCAGUGGCACUGGAAGACUCCCACCGCCCCGUGUAUCGCAGCUCAGCCCGGGCCUGGAGCGUAGACUUGCCGGCCGGCGGCGGCGGCGGCGGACACCAACUCGAUCCGUGGAAUGUGACGGAGGAUCGGGAGCCACUGGUGCCGAAGAGAGACGAGGACUGCCGAGAGUUCUCUAGAAUAUAAUCCCUGCCUCCUCCUGCUCGACCUCUUCCUGCACUGCAAACAUGGCUCAUCGUUCUCAGAACUCAUCGAUGGGUGAAAACAACCCACUGCACAAAGACUACCUGCCACCUCACUACAAGGAGGAGUACCGUCUUGCAAUUGAUGCCCUUUUAGAAAGUGAUACAAUGGGCUAUCACGACUUCCUGCGCACAGCAGACGUGGUUAGUUUUCUGGCUCAGCCUGAAAUAGAUUACAUCAAGUCCACAGUGCAAGUCCCCACGAGGACGACCAGCUACCCUGACCUCACGUUCAGCGAAGGACAGAAUGAUGCCGACGGUUCUUCAGAUACCUAUUGGCCUAUGCAGUCUGACGUGGCGGCUCCGGGUCUGGAUCUGGGAUGGCCAACAAUCCCGAUUAGUGGGAUUGGAGCCACAGAAGUCACCACUCUAGUCAACCCAUCUGACCCAGACAUGCCAAGCAUCAAGGAGCAGGCCAGAAGACUCAUCAAGAACGCUCGGCAGGUUAUUGCUAUUGUGAUGGACAUGUUCACAGAUGUGGACAUUUUUGCCGACCUUUUAGACGCCGCAGCACGCCACGUCCCUGUUUACAUUCUGCUUGAUGAACACGAUUCCCACCACUUUCUCUCAAUGGUGAUGAACUGCAAAGUCAACUUGGAUCUAAUUCCUAUGAUGCGUGUGAGAUCGGUACCAGGUAUUACCUAUUAUUCACGCUGCGGGAAAACCUUCAAAGGUCAGGUGAAGGAUCGCUUCCUCCUGGUUGACUGCAGAGCUGUGCUCAGUGGUAGUUACAGUUUCAUGUGGUCUUACGAGAAGAUUCACCGCUGCAUUGCCCACCUCUUCCUGGGGGAACUGGUCGCUUCUUUUGAUGAAGAGUUCCGGAUUCUUUAUGCCCAGUCGGAGCCUCUUGUCAUUGACCCGUCACAUGCUGUACCUGACACCAGCAAUUACUUAAGCAGCCAAUUUGGCUUGAAGAGGUCCCAGUCUUUACGGAAUCCUAUAGGCUUCCGAAGGCAACAUGAGCUCCCAUCUGCCUUCCCCUAUGGAGACAACGCUGCACUUCCUUUCCGGAGGAAUGACCCAUUUCGCCACACAAUGGAACCAGGGACAGGAGUUACAAUCGGGAAGUAUUCCCAACAGCAGUUCCGACCGCAACAGUCAUAUAUAGACCAGGGCAGGUCUAUUGUCUCCAGGCCGGAGAUUAGUGGCAGUGGUUUCAAAAGACACAGCUACGCUGAGGGUACCCAAGAAAACUACACAUCUUCAAGGCAAUACAUGAAGCACAGAGUCAUGAAUAAUUUGGAUGAGACUGAUUUUCACAGAGACCAGACCCAAAGUAGCCAUUUCUACUCUGAUGGGCCUGGACCAGGUUCUGGUCAUGGACACUAUGACAGACUUCGUGGCUACCCCUCACAUCUCUCCAUCGACCAACAUUCUGACUCCAGUUUCCGUUCAGAUCGGGGACCCACUGCAGGAAACUAUGGAAGACCACAUUUUUCAUCUGAAGAUUUAAGUCUACCAGAGGGCCUCCUACCACCUCCUGUAGCUGGAAGAUAUGAAGGAGGCCACUCUAACAAAAGACCAACCAUUGGUCAACCAUAUACCUGUCUGGCUUCACCAACACAGCCUCAUCCCCCUGCUAAGAAACCAUUCUCUUAUGAAAGAUUGGAACCAGAUCCAGAUCAGGAUGACAAUGCUAAGCAAGGCUUGAGGAAUUACAGACUCAAUUCAUAUCUUAGUGCGUAUGAAAACUACGUAGAGGAAGGUCUAAACCAACAAAUAGGCCCAGAUGCAUUUGAUGAUGCCCUGCCAUCUCAGGAUCCCACUGCAGCUGAAGGAUCAUCACAUUACUUUGGAAAAAGGGAUCAACCAAUGGUCCCUCCAAAGCCAAGACCAGAUAUCCUGAAACCACGUUUUGGGAAGCCUGUCUCACAUGACAGCACAAGUUUUGACUCUUCCCUUUCAAAGACCACAAUGGAUUUGCUACCUUCAGCAAGUAUACUAGAGAAAAGAGAAAAGGAAGCCGAGAAGGAACGAGAGCGAGACGGAACAAGAGAGGUUGGCGUUGAUGUGGGGGUCAAAGAGGCUCCUGAACUCCUUCUGUCAAAGCACGAGUCAUUCCGGUCACGGAUUAACCCACACCUACAGCGAAGCUCUCGGCUACGUUCCUCACUUAUCUUCUCCUCCUCCAAGGCGGAGAUGCACAGUGGAAGCCUUGGCAUGAAACCAGCCACCGAAGAUGAUGAGGAGCUUGACCUUGGCCGCACUACCUCCAUCGUGUCCCAAAUCCUGGAAAAGAGGAGAUCGAUAACUCGGGAGCCUUUCCAGUGGAGAAAAAAAACGGAGGAAAAAAUUCAGGAGUCAGAACAAGAGAAACCAGAAAAAGUGGAAGAGAAAGAUGAAAAGCCACCAGAGAAAGUGACUCAGGAGAAAGAUGACACAAAGAUGGAAUACCAGAAGCUUAAAGAUGUGAAGUCACUCACAACUUCCAAGGCUGAUGAAGACAUCAGUGCACUUCCAACAGUCAACAUGAAUGACCCAGCCAGUCGACUACAAUAUUUCAAAGAUCUUGCAGCCAAGAGAAAAGUCACAAAAACUGAGACAGAAUCAAAGUUGAGAGUCACGGGACCAUCUGAAAUCAAGCCAGAAGAGUCAAAGGAACCUCUCAAACCACAACAAACCACAACAAACCCGAGUGUCUCCAAUGGGUCUUCAGAGCCUGAACGGAAGAAGCCAGACGUAGCCAGCAAACUCAAACUAGCAGAUCUUGAAAAGAAGGAGACUCAUGGUUCCUCAAAGCCACCUUUAAUCCCAUCUAAACCUCAACUCAGCUACUUGAAAUCACUGGAGCCUUCUCAAACUAACAAAGAGGAAAAUGCAUCAGAUGGGCAUAAAAAGGACAUUUUCAAAUUAAAGCCGCUUCCAUCACCUAAAAUUUUCAAGAAGGAUCCCCUCAAGCUGAAGGGGUUAAACCCACGCCGCUCCUGCGGUGAAGAGAUUCUGACCGGAGAUGCCACAGAUGCAGAAAAGAGUGAAAUGAAAAAAAUCCGCUCUCAUAGUUCUUCAACUCUGCCACGUGAAUAUGCAAAAGAGCAAAAGGGAUCCAACACGUCAAUCAACACGCUUGGGACUGAUGGCAAGAGUGAGGGAAAGACGCUCGACUUCCUGAAGAAGCAGACUCAAAAACUGAAGGGAAUGUUGGGCACCAAGGACAAAGACAAAAAGACUGCAGCGGAAGAUCGGGGCAUGAGCUCUGUCAAAGAGCUGGUAGAGGACUACAACAAAAAACAGGGCACAUCGACUAAAGAUACGGGAUCCGCCUCGACCGAGCAAACUACUGCGAAUCACAAAUCGUCAACCCCUACAGCUGCACCUACGCGCACCUACCAGUCCCCCACAAGCUCUGUUAUUUUCAGCAGUAACCUGAGAGACGACACCAAAGUCAUCCUGGAGCAGAUCUCAGCCAACAGCCAGAAGAACCGACAGGAGCGAGAACAAGAGACGGGAGCAGAUAAAGACAGCGAUUCUGGGGAGAAAGGGUUGGACAGACAGAACUCCAUAAAGAGAGGAAGAUUCCUUCGACCGAUUGGCAAUGUGCAGGAGAGAGAAGGACUGCUUAAAAGAAUCGAGAGCCUGAGGAAGGAGAAGAAAGUCUACAGCCGCUUUGAGAUGGGCAAUAGCCUGGGAUAACGAAAAGAAGAGGAGUGGCCUUUUUCUGGGGGGGUGAGAAUCUAUUUAUGCAAGAUGAUCAAAGAGACUCCAAUGUGCCAACUACACUUUCAAAGUACCACUGUGACUCCACGCUGCAGCCCUUCUUGGACUUUCACAUCAAGUAGUAAGACUUUAAGAAUAAUAAGAAUAAAAUAACGUAAAUGGAAUGUGCCUUCUUGCCAAAGUCGGGACCAACUUUACCUUAAAUGGUGCAUGUGUAAAAGGAGAGUGACUGGUUGAAGAGUGGCCGCAAGGGAUAAUGGUUCAGCCAAAAGAAAAAGGUAGGGCAUUUGUCCUUUUACUGAGCUAAUAGGAGUGUGACUAAGGGAGAGAGAUUAACAGGGAACAUUUUGUACCUCAGGGAAAAUCAAUGAAUUUGCGGCUGUAGUACUUCUGUAAUGCAACUACAGUGUUCAUACAAGGCUGAUGACUAUAUUUUGUUUAAUUAAUCUGUGCCAAUGUUUUAGGAUUUUUUUUGCAAAAGCAAAAAUUGACCCGUGUGUACUUGAAAGAAUAAGGUGAUACGUAUUUAUUUCGUCCUAUCUAGCCCACUGUAUUCAAAUGGAUUUAGCCCCUUUCACUUCGAAGUAGUGGAAUCAGAGUUGACAAAUCACAACAGAUCUAUAAAGGACGCCACCCAAACGUUUUGACUGUACCUGAGAUGAAAGAGAUCAUCGAUGCAAGGCAAGCUCUACAAAAGUGAAGGACAUCAGGGGGUGGACAGAGCAAGGGAACUAGUGGUUGACCAGGUAGCAUGAGAGGUAGGUGAGGCAGGUUUGACUGGAAGAGCUCCACCUUCUUGUUUUUUGCAUCUCUUAAGGAUUGUCCUGGUAUGCAACAGCUGCCAGCCCUGAAAGACCUACAGGGUGGAACCAGAUGGAGAGAUGAUCACUUUCCUUUCUGACACUGCAUGACCUGAGGCAUGGCCUCACAUUGUCAUGUACAAUCAAGAUGGAGAUGGGAAUACUUUCUAGCCCACGGUUGAAUUCAAAGAGAGCUGAUAAAAUUCUGAACUCAAGAGAUAAAAGCUCACGUCACAACAGUUUUACAUCGAUCUGAGGCUGUGGUAUUAAACAUAAAAGUAGACAGAAUUUGCUCAGUCAAUUUCAGUGAAAACAGGACACAUGACUCAUUGUGGCUGUGUACAGGUUGUGGUACUUUACUGAAGCACAAUGUCAACAUUAUAUUUCAAAUGGAUGUGUCAACCUGGUGAGACGAGUAACCUGGCCGGUGCAUCAAAGGGUGGAAAUUAAGCUGGAAGUAAAAACUCAUUCUCCCAGUGCAGAUAUUCUCACAGUACCAAAAAUCACAAAGCAUUUUUUAGUUGCGCUGGCUAACAGCUUGCACACUUGUUGUUCAAGUCCCCACACCACAUGGCACUACACGCACACUGUAGGGGUAGCAGAGUAGAGGCUCUCUAGGACUUCACCCUCCAGAGAUUACAUAAUGUACUUUUGUUUUGAAGUGUCAAAAGAACAUGGAAUAAGAAUUUGAAGCUGCAAUGUAAAUAUAUAAUUAAGUACUUUGUAAAUAAAUGUGGACAGAUGCUCUUUUCCCAAUACAUAAAAAAGUGUUUUUUAAUUCAAUAAAAAGUAACUUCCAGAAUCAAACACUCAAAAGCCCAACGGAGGAGGAGGAGUACCACUGCACAUGCCGCUUCUGAGGAAAACUCCCUACAAAAGACCUCCUUCCUCUUUGUUGGUCUGCAAUCAUGGACCAAAGACUGAGCUCAACAAAUGGUACACUUUUUUAUGUCUUCCAUCGACCAAAUAAUAUAUGUUUAAAGUGCAUUUGCAUAAAGAGUAUUUCAAUGUGGACACUUUAUUGACUUUUUUUAAUUUGAGUAUUAGAAUGUAAAUAGUGGAACAAUAAAUGGUCGGUUAAAGCUACCAGUCUUGAG